AUGAAGGCCCUUUUGGUGCUACUGGCGCUGUGGGCGACUGUGGAGGCGGAGAUGGUCCGUAUCCCGUUGCAACGGAUCGAAUCGAUGCGUGAGCGGCUCAUAAAGAAGGUUAACUUCCCUUGAGCGCUUCUUUUGAAGGAUCACGAGUAUUCGUUUCAAAAACAAGCAUCUGAUGAACUUUAAUCCACAUGAAAGUUAAGGGCGAGUGGCGAAAAAUCGAAGAAAAUCGCUCCUCUAAGCUUUUCACUGGCAGUCAGAUUGGAUACGACUACACCGAUGUGAGAUCUUCAGCGUCAGGAUUGUUUCAGAUUCCGAAUUUCAGACAGAGUACAUCGGUCUCGUGAAUAUCGGCACGCCAGCGCAGACUUUUCGCGUGAUUUUGGAUACGGGUUCGGCCGAUUUGUGGAUUCCAGACAGCAGUUGCGGUGGUUAGUCUCUUGAUUUAUUAAAACAUCGUUAACUUUUGAUGUCCUCCGACGAGAAGAAUAUUUUCCCUUGAAUAUCCAGAACUUUCCGAGGAUAGUAUAUAAAAGAGUGUUUGUCCGAUUUUCACGAACUUCUGUGUGAAAUAACCUCUCUGUGUUCCUAAAAUCUGAAGUUUAUUGGCUAGUUGAUGAUGAUUGAAGGAAUUCCCGGAUGCCAGGACUACUGCAAUCACAUGCCGCCGGUCGACUGUCCGUCAUUCUGCAACGCGACGGCCUGUUGUCCCUAUUCCCUCUUGUACAAGGGCCCAGCCGUCCGAGCACAGCAGGAUCCUUGUGGUCAAUCUUUCACUUUGGGAUUGUCUUCUUUUUCUUAACAGCAAAGCAAAUGAUAACUCGUCUUUUAGAUUCCAAAAACAGGUUCCAAAGCAGCAAAUCGUCGACGUAUGUCAAAGACGGAACUUCUUUUUCAAUUCAAUACGGCACCGGCUCGGCCAUCGGCUUCCUCGGCAAGGACCUCAUUUGCGUGAGUUUUUCUACAAUUACUCGGAUGAAAUUGAGAAGGUAGGAUCGCCUUCGAUACCAUUCGCAACAGCCUCAUGCCUUUUGCCCUGUUUUUGCCUAUGAAAAAACCUCCAAAUUUUUGCAGAAUGCUAUCAAAAGCAAUGCUUCGUUGUAAAAAAAAUUUGAAAUCCGCAACUUUUCUCAGUUUUCUAAAUGAUCUCAUACUCCAUAAUUCACAUACGUUCUAUUUCUGAAAUUUAAUUGUAAUUCUAAAUAUUUUUAUAUUCCUUUGAGAACAUAUUCAAAGAUUAUCUUUUCAUGUUUUUAGCUAGGAAACUCGUCCGUGUGCAACACCCAACAGUUUGGACAGGCCACCAAGAUUGCUGACUUCUUCGCCAAUCAGCCUCUCGACGGUUCGCCCCUAAGCGUCUCAUCAACAAGAAAAGUUCAGGAAUCUUCGGAAUGGGCUGGCCGACGUUGUCUGUUACCAAGACGACUCCAUUGCUUUUCAACCUCAUGCCUAAGCUUGACCAGCCGAUAUUCACCGUAUACCUAGACGAGUGAGUUGAGACUUUUCUCCCCAAACAGUUCCUUUAGACGUGGUCCUUCGGCCCAAGGAGCUCCAGCCAGUUUGUUCACCUACGGCGCCUUCGACUCGGUCAAUUGCAACAGCCAGAUUUCCUAUGUGCCACUUUCAGCGCAGACCUACUGGCAAUUCCCAAUCCAAGGGUGAUCUCAAGCUCAUUUUUGAUCGACUAAGGCGUUUCAGUGUCUCCGCUGGAACAUUCACCAGACAGAAGACUUAUCAAGUAACGAGCAAAAGUGGAUCAAAUGAUUGAGCUUAUUUGAAGGUCAUUUCCGACACUGGUACAUCUCUCAUCGGGGCUCCUCAAGACGUCAGCGAUGGAAUAGCCCAAGCUCUAGGCGCCACCUACGACCCAUGGAUGGGCGCAGUGAGAUGAGACCGAUGAAACUAUUUGAAUUUUCUCUCCCAGUACAAACUUCCUUGCGGAUCCACUCCGGCCGACAUACUUCUGACAAUCAACGGAAACACGUUCAAAAUUAACUACAAGCAAUACUUUGUAAAUUGGCAUUAUGGGGCAGAAAUACUUUUCCUAGUCCAGAUAAUGCUCGGAAACGAAUGUGUCGUUGGAAUAUUCCCAAUGAGCUCUGGAGGGUUCGGGCCUUCGUGGAUUCUCGGAGAUCCUUGGAUCAGAGCUUACUGCAAUGUUUACGACAUGAAGAACGCGCGCAUCGGAUUCGCUCAGGCCAAACACUCCCAGUGA